AUGGCGGAAGGGCUAAACCUCCAGCCUAAGACCGUUGGAGGCCGCCUUUUCCUAGACCUUAGUGACCAGGGUCUGACGUCCAUCCCGGAGGAGGUGUUUGACAUCACUGACCUGGAGUUUCUAAUUGUGUCCAAAAACAUGCUAACCAGUAUCCCGGAAGGAAUCUGUCGUCUGCGGAAACUUCACCACUUGGAAGUUGAAGACAACAUAUUGACAAGUUUGCCACGGGUGAUCGGUUCCUUGCGACAUUUGACAAACCUAUUAAUUGAUGGUAAUCAACUGACAGAGCUUCCUCAAUGCGUUUGUUCUCUGCCCAACCUAGAGGUAUUAACUACCAAUAAUAACAAGCUCUCCAGUUUGCCUCCUAGUUUGGAAAAGCUACAGAAGUUGAAAAAACUGUACAUCUCCGAUAAUCAGUUUACAGAGCUUCCGCAAGCCCUUUGCUUUCUGUACAACCUCGAGCAAUUAAGUGUCGGUAAUAACCCCAUCAAGAGUCUCCCCGAUGAUGUCGCACGACUCGCUAAGCUGAACACUCUCUGUAUCUCCGGAUGUCAGUUUGAUGAGUUCCCCAGACAGGUGCUGCAGCUGAAGGCACUGGAGGAGCUGUGGGCUGGUGGCUGCAAGUUUGAUUUUGUUCCAGAUGAAGUGGGAAACUUACCAAACAUGUGGCUCUUGUCAUUGGAAUGUAACUUCCUUAAAACCCUGCCAAGCACAAUGGCUCACAUGAACAACCUGCUUGUGGUUCAUCUGCUGAACAACAAGUUCGACGCAUUCCCAGAAGUCCUGUGUGAACUGCCUGCAAUGGAGAAACUUGACAUAAGCAACAACAACAUCACCAAGCUCCCAACCGCUCUUCAUCAAGCAGGCAAGCUGAAUGACUUGGAUGUUUCUGGAAACCCCCUGACAUACCCUCCACAGGAUGUGCGCGAACAAGGUACCGGUGCUAUCAUGGCCUUCCUAAAACAGGAAGCAGAGAAAGACGAACCGAUGUACGAGACGCUGAUAAGAUGGAGAGAGCGAGCCGGUCCUGCUGCCAGCCUGGCUGUACUGGAGCGGUGUCUGAGGGACCUGGAUCUGCACCAGCUGGCAGACCAUCUCAUAAGGACGGCUACGGUCAGAUAA